AUGCCCUCGUCUUCGAAGCGAUCAAUUCUCAUUACAGGUUGCUCACCAGGUGGAGUGGGCCACGCUCUCGCCCUCGAAUUUGCUGCCCACGGUCUGCGCGUAUUUGCAACUGCCCGGUCAACCAAGUCUCUAUCGAGUCUCGAGGGAAAGGGUAUAGAGACGUUUCCACUCGAUGUUACAAGUGCAGACAGCAUCCAAGCACUAAAGAAGGAAAUCGUUACGCGAACAGGGGGGAAACUAGACCUGCUGUUCAAUAAUGCCGGCAUGAUGUACGAAGCCCCAGCAAUCGAAGCCGACGCCGCGCGCAUCCGCACCAUGUUCGACACAAACGUCCACGGGCUCUUCGAUAUGGUUUCCGCAUUCGCGCCGCUUCUCAUCGCCUCGAGCUCGGCCCAGAAUUCAGUACCACCGGUGGUCAUCAAUACCGCCUCGAUCCUUGCCCGGCUCCCCUUCCCAUUUUCCGCCGCGUAUAAUGCCUCCAAAGCCGCCGUGGCGUCGUACAGCGAUACGCUCCGGAUCGAACUUGAGCCGCUGGGCAUCAAGGUCGUUACGCUAUUCAUGGGCGAGGUCCGCACACGGCUCAUGUCUCCAGAUGAUAUCUGCUUUGGUUCCGAAAGUAUAUACAGUGAUCUUUCGGACAAGGUGAAGGAGCGAAGCCGUAACCAUGCAAAGGACAGCAUGGGUCCAGAGGAGUUCGCCUCGCAGGUUGUCAAGGAUAUCCUUAUCAAAUCUCCAGGAUAUGGAAAGGGGGAGUAUCUGUGGAAAGGCACGAAUGCGUGGCUGAUUUGGUUUCUGAAUGCAGUGGGUUGGAGGAAGGUUUUUGAUGGGACUGUGAAGAAGCUGGUUGGGCUGGAUAAAAGGGAUAUCCAAGAGGGUAUUUCAAGAAAGGCUCGAGCUGCUGUGAGCUAA